AGUAACAUCAACUUCGAACCAAAAGCAUAAUCAUGGCAACAGAGAUGAUGGGAUUGCUGAAACCCAUCUCCAAAAUCGGAUAUUAUGGCACCACCACCAGAACAAUCCUUCCUCAAAGAGUCUCCACCAUCAUUCGAAUGUCAGCAGCCACCACCACCGCCACCAAAGGAGGCGGAGGCGGAAAGAACAAGAAGGGAAUUAAGGAAACCCUUUUGGCUCCACGCUUCUACACGACGGAUUUCGACGAAAUGGAGCAGCUAUUCAACACCCAGAUGAACAAGAACUUGAACGAAGCUGAAUUCGAGGCGUUGUUGCAGGAAUUCAAGACGGAUUACAACCAGACACAUUUCGUUAGGAAUAAGGAAUUCAAGGAAGCCGCCGACGAGAUGCAGGGUCCUCUCCGGCAGAUUUUUGUUGAGUUUUUGGAGAGAUCUUGUACUGCUGAGUUUUCUGGGUUUCUUCUCUACAAGGAGCUUGGUCGAAGACUGAAGAAAACGAAUCCAGUGGUUGCCGAGAUUUUCUCCCUUAUGUCCAGGGACGAAGCACGCCAUGCCGGAUUUCUGAACAAGGGAUUGUCUGAUUUCAACUUGGCAUUGGACUUGGGAUUCUUAACAAAAGCCAGAAAAUACACCUUCUUCAAACCAAAAUUCAUAUUUUAUGCAACAUAUCUCUCCGAAAAGAUCGGAUACUGGAGAUACAUAACGAUUUACAGGCAUCUAAAGGCGAAUCCCGAGUACCAAGUGUACCCCAUUUUCAAGUAUUUUGAGAACUGGUGCCAGGAUGAAAACAGACAUGGUGAUUUCUUCUCGGCGCUCAUGAAGGCGCAGCCGCAAUUCCUCAAUGAUUGGAAGGCUAAGCUUUGGGCUCGAUUCUUCUGUUUAUCGGUGUACGUUACCAUGUAUCUCAACGACACCCAAAGAACUGCUUUCUAUGAAGGCAUUGGGUUGAACACGAAGGAGUUCGACAUGCACGUUAUCAUCGAGACGAACCGCACGACAGCUAGGAUCUUCCCGGCCGUGUUGGACGUAGAGAAUCCCGAGUUCAAGAGGAAGUUGGACAGAAUGGCUGAGAUCAAUUCGAAAAUACUGGCAAUCGGGGAAACAGACGACAUCCCGCUGGUGAAGAACUUGAAGAGAAUUCCGCAUAUUGCGGCCCUGGUUUCGGAGCUGUUGGCUGCGUACCUUAUGAAACCGAUUGAAUCGGGAUCGGUGGACAUCGCAGAGAUGGAUCCCCAACUUGUUUACUAGAUGAUGAUGAUGAUGAUGGUCUGUUUUUUUGUAGAGAAAUCGAUCGAAGUCAUGUUGGUUUUGAUUGAGGAUGAUGAUUGUUGUGUAAAAAGGAACACUAUAAUUUUGAUCAAUUUAAUGUAAUUUGAUCACAAUUGAUCUCUUCGAACUUCCUUUGACGUUUUUGGGGGUGUUUGGAAUAUAUUUUUU